CAUUCUGUGUCGGACUCGGUGUGUAUGUUGAUCUCUUUUCCUUGUGAGUUUGAUGGGCCCAUUUUUGAUCGGGAAUUAAGAUCAUUUGUGAAUGGAUUCGUUGUUUCUAAUCUCACUAAGAGCUCGCCCCUGCUUUUUCCUUCCGCCAUCACCGAUUCGUUUUGAAAUAUCCCUCUUACUGCGUUGCAUCAUGGGAAACGUCGAUUGACGAGAGAAAGACUGACCGGACGCGAACAGAAACCCAAGUGAAGUGAAGCCAUCUAGAGGACAGUUUGUGCAAGCAAGCGGAGAGCAGCACCCCAGCGAACGAAUAAUUACUUUACAUUUAAUUUCAGUUCUUCGUGAAAAACUACUUUUGGACGAGGUCUGUCAGACGUGAAUUGUUUUCAGGUGAUUUGGACCAAUUUGCGUGGUGCCAUGGCGACUAUGCGUGUGGCCGUCCGUGUGCGGCCGUUGAACAAGAGAGAACAGGAAAUGUCAGCAAAGGUCAUUAUCCACAUGGAGGGAAACACCACAUCUAUAGACAAUAGACAAUGCAACAAAAAGUACACACCCAACGGCAUUCCUGGCAAUGGUCUGAUGGAUGGAACAAAACAUUUAUUCUCCUAUGAUUUCUCCUACAAUUCUACUGAUGUCAGCAGCCCCCACUUUGUGCCUCAGGAGAAGGUGUUUGGGGACUUGGGCUGUGAUGUGAUCGAAGCAGCGUUUGAAGGCUACAAUGCUUGUGUGUUUGCCUAUGGACAGACCGGGUCGGGGAAGUCUUAUACCAUGAUUGGGAACCAGGGAGAUCUGGGCCUGAUUCCACGAAUUUGUGAAGGUUUGUUCUGUCAGAUAUCAGAGAAGAGCGAAAGUGAGGGCGCCUCUUUCAGGACCGAGGUGAGCUACCUGGAGAUUUAUAAUGAGCGUGUUCAGGACCUUCUUGUGGGUACAAAGUGCCUGGAGAGCGGGCCUGGCCUGAGGGUCAGAGAACACCCAAAAGAUGGACCUUAUGUAGAGGACCUGUCAAAGCACCUGGUUCAGAAUUACCGUGACGUGGAGAAGCUGAUGCAUGCUGGGAACAGCAGUCGCACCACGGCACAGACGGGCAUGAACGAUACCAGCAGCCGCUCACACGCCAUCUUCACCAUCAACUUCACCCAGGCUCGUUUCAACGGAGACCUGCCAUGUGAGACCGUGAGUAAGAUCCACCUGGUGGACUUGGCGGGCAGCGAGAGGGCUAAUGCGACGCGUGCCACCGGGGCCAGGCUGAAGGAAGGCGCCAACAUCAACAAGUCCCUGGUCACGCUGGGCAAUGUGAUAUCUGCUCUGGCUGAAGUGAGUGUGUCGCCAGGAAGUGAAUGUGUAGGGAGUCCCAGAGCACAUUCCCAGAGCUCAGGAAGGAAAAAGAGGCAGCUUUUUAUACCAUACAGAGACUCUCUUCUGACCUGGCUCCUCAAAGAUAGCCUCGGGGGAAAUGCCAAGACCAUCAUGAUAGCAACCAUUUCCCCUGCCGACGUGAACUACAGUGAGACACUGAGCACCUUGCGCUACGCCAACCGAGCCAAGAACAUCGUCAACACCCCCACAGUCAACGAGGACCGCAGUGUACGGGUCAUCAGGGAACUGCAGGAGGAGAUCGCCAGGCUUAGGAGACUGGUGGACCAGAACCAACUGGUUUCCCGGUCUCCUCAGGAUUUCUCGAAAUCUCUUAAAGUGGAGGAAAAACUUCACCAGAAUGAGGCCAAGGUGUUAGAGUUGACCAAAGAAUGGACCAACAAGUGGGGAGAAACCCAUAAGAUCCUGAAGGAGGAGACCGUUGCCCUGAGGAAGGAAGGGAUCGGUGUGGUUCUGGACUCAGAUCUGCCUCACCUGAUUGGCAUCGACGACGACCUUCUUGGCAGUGGACUCAUCCUCUACCAUUUAAGGGAGGGCAGGACGCUGGUGGGUCGACGCCAGGCCGCGUACAAUCAGGAUAUUGUACUCCAUGGUUCUGGUCUUCAGGAGAAACACUGUGUGUUUGAGAACUGGGACGGUGCCGUGACUCUGAUUCCCCAGACGGGGGCGCUGUGCUAUGUUAAUGGAGUGGAGACUGUCCAGGCCUGUCUGUUAACACAGGGUGCCGUCAUCCAGUUAGGAAGAGGGACCAUGUUCCGUUUCAACAAUCCUAAAGAGGCUGCUCAGCUCAGAGAGCGACGCAAGAGUAUGUCCAUGACUGAUCUCUCAAAGUUGGCAGAGAAUCCAGCCAAGUUGAUGCUCUUCUACCCCGGGCUGGGCGAAUGUAGAGCUGGAGAGAAGGAACCCUCUAAACAGCACAGGGACACCGCCCCCCCUCCCUUUGUACAGUGCGGGACGCGGUUGGCCAUUCCUCAGACGUCCCCGGUCUCUGUCUGUCUCCAGCCGUCUGCUGGCACCUCCAGAGCCUUCCUGCCUUUUCAGAUCGGAGCGGGAGCCUCUCCGUAUCUGGAGCCCGGAUCCUGGCCGCAGUCCGGGGUAACCAGGAGGAGCAGUGCGGAGGCCCGCCAGGGUCCCUGUGGUGCUGCUAAUGAGGAGAGCCGGAGCGAGCUGCUGGAGACGGUGUCUGAGAGCGGGAGGGAGGGAACGCCGCCACCAGGCACCGGCGGGAAGGACGGAGGACUCUGUGGGGGCGAGCGGGGCCGAUCUGGGGACGGGAACCAGCCGCUACAGCAGACACCUGUCCCCUCGGCCCAGCAGGCUGAUGGAUGUGCUGUGGGGCCACUGAGGCCGGAGGGGCCCGCUAACGAGAGCCCAGGUGACCCGUCAGGCCUGUCAGAAGGCUCCAGGAGCCGAGGAGGGGACCCAUCACGCCUGGCUCCUGGCAGCGGGGGCCUGUUUGGAGCCGGGGUCCGCUGCUUUGGCCCUGCGGGGACCUCAUUAGGCCUCGCUAUGUCCCGCCUGCAGAGAGGAGGAGUGGGAGACGGGGUGUCGGUGGGAGGAGCGCACCGUGCCCUCCCCCCAAAGGCCUGCCGGCGCCGCAGUAUCUCGAUUUACACACAGACCUCUCCCUCCCGGCUGGACACGCGGUCCCGCAGCCUGACGGAACACAACGCCUCCCGGCUGGACAGACACAGGCGCAGCGAGGCCGUGCACCUACCCCUGCAGGCCUUGGAGGAACAGUUCAACCGCGGCGUGACUGAUCGAUCCAGGGCGUCCGUGGCCGCCCGCCGAGAGAACCAGGAGGAGGUUUGGAAGAAGCAGCAGGUUGCACAGGGCUUUAGGCCGGAUGCUCUGGUUAGCAGGAUAUCUAGAGGGGGGCAGGGGGAGGUGCAGAAAGAGGAGGUGGUGCAGGAAGAGCAGAACCAGGGUGUUGUCUUUCGGCUAGGCAAACUGGUUAGAAGGGUAUCCCAGAUCUCUGGACUGGGAGGGGAGAAGAAAAUGGACUCGCAGGGGGGACAGGGCUCUGUUUCUGGGAAGGGCUCUCUGGUUUCCAGGGGGGUCUCCUGGAUGUUCCCGAAUGCAGGGCGGCUCCUCCACAACUCCACCCCCCGAGUUCUGCAACAGGUCUGGGACGGCGCGGAACGUCUGCCGUCUGUAGCUGUGGGCAGCGUCAGUGCAGUACAGUCUGAAGGGGGUGGGGUUUGGGGAGGAGCCAGCUCUAGCUGGUCCAGUCAGGUGGUCUCAAUGGUGAGGGAGAGUCCGGUGAUGUCAUUGGUUAAGGACAGCCAGGUCUUCUCAUUGGUCAGAGAGAGUCAGGUGUACUCGCUGGUCCGACACAGCCAGGUGUUCGUUAUGGUCAGUGAGCUGCCGUUGGUGCAGCACAUUAAGUCAGAGUUAACUCAGGAUUUCCAGAAUAUUCCCAGUUCUCUCUAUCAGGACCUUCAGGAAGUCGAGUCAACUGGAAGCCAGCUGAGAAAACUCGACCUGUCCCUUCUCACAGCCCACAGUACUGCCCUCAGCACAACCCUGAGCCCAGAACCCCCUGUCACGGUGGCAGAGCUUCCGCCGAAUCAGAACGAUGCUGAAGGAGCAGAGCGGAGAACCGUAGAACCGGUUAUCAAAGAACCUGUGUGGUCCAGAAAGCUGUCUGUGAGUCAGAGUUCAGCCACAGAGCCGAUGAUUGAGGAGGAUCCCCAGUAUGUCAGCGAUCGGUCCCCUGGAGAAUAUGGUGACGACAGAAUGGCCUCAGACCCAGAGAAGAGCUCAGUCCUUGGGCCGGGGGGGCAGAAGAAGGGGGGUUUCCCUGUGUACCACCAGAGACUGGUGGAAUUCCCAGGGGCCCUGGUUGAACUCCAGUCUCUUCCCGUGUCCACCCUCCUGGGCUGCAUCCAGUCCGUAAUCCCCUCACCGGCUUUGACCUCGCAAGGAGUUCUGGCACUGUACUGGUUGGGUGUGGCAAACUGCUCCCAGCCCUGCCCACGCUAUGCUCUCGUCGUCCUGUUAAAGUCCUGCCUGUAUGCCCUGACCCUUGACCCUGACCAGACCACACCUUCGGACAAGGCCCCGCCUCUAACUGUGUUUCAUCACCUCCCUCUGCUCCAGAUUAAAGAGAUCCAGGUGGGGUUUUGUGGACAGUCUCUACGUCUUUCAGCCUCCAGCCAGGAGAGUGUCCUUACCUUAUACACACACAGCCGGACCCUCACCCAGACACUAACCUGCGCCCUGGUAGGGGUGCUGUCUCCUGGGGGGGUCCGACACCCCCUCCUGGCGGAGGACCUGAUGGGGCUCUCUCUGGACUGGACGGCCCGGGUACCCGAGCUGCAUCUGGACCCUGGUCUCAGGGUGUCUUGCCAGUUCGACAAGACCCAUGCUGACCUGAUCUACAUACUGCAUGGAAACAUGGACAGGGAAAAGCCUUGUAUGGGAGAGGUCAAACUGCUGCUUUACACCAGUGUUGGUGUGACAACGACCCCUGACCCCCGACCUGAACCCUGGGCCCAGCUCCUCCUCACAGACACACACCUGGCACUGGUUCAGCAGGAGGACGCAGUGUUCCACCCGAGCCCGCUCCAUUUCCCCCUGCUGUCGCGCCAGGCCCAGUUCCAGGGGGUCUCACUGCGGUGCCGCUCCGAUGUCCGCUGUGUGAUGGUCCGAGACGGCGCCGGGAGCUCUGUUGGUGGCGGCGUGGAUGGAUCCAGUCGUCAAGGCGCGGCGACCAGAGUGGACGUCAUCAUGUCUCGGGCCUGCAGGACCGGGCGCGAGGGGGCUGUCAGGCUCGGAGGUCACCCUGAACGGGCUGCUGCUGUUGGGGCUCACAGAAGCGGAAUGGGGGGGCUGGCUGGAGCCACUGUCCCGUCAGCUGGCUCUAAUUCAUGUCCUUCUUCGCGGCUGCAGCAUGCUGAAGUGUGGAAAUUGACUUUCAGCUGCUCCUCCGAGGCUGCCUGUCUGAUUAAUCACUUGUCAGACGUCUGAAUGGUCUGUGAUCACUGGCCAAGGGACUGGACAGGACGUAAUUAACUCUAGUUUGCACUGUACCGCACAGAACCGCCACCCUCCUCACGCUGAGAGGACUUCAGGUUGUGUGUUCCUAGCCAUGGGUCUAGUAUAAGUGCAUCCUAGAGAUCAACUUGACCCUGGCCCAUCUUCCCUAAAAAAGACCAUCUUGCAUCAACAGGACCUUCUUGCCUUUACUUUACUAUUUGUCCUGAAUAAAAAAAAACAUGCUAUUCCAUAGAAAUAAGAAUUAAUAGUUUGCUUGGAACCUCAAUUUAUACUGAAGAUUUAUUGGUUCUAUUAAUUCAUAUUUCUAUGCCUCAGUGUGUCUAGGAAACAUGCAUGUAGACUAGUAUUAUGUUGUUGAUGCCUUUAACUUGGGUUGAGUGUUCUAAACAGAUAUGCUGCACAGAUAUGCUGUAUUAAUAUUUAAUUUCCUGUUGUAAUUUAAUAUUGAUUAUGUUUGUUAGUCUAGUUGUACAUUCAGUGGCGCUGUUGUUGUUUGUGUGUUUAUUUGUUUUUGUUCGUUUACACAGUCCAGGGAGCACUGAGGACACACUUGAUUGUACAAGAUAUAUUUUAACAAUUAUACUGCAAUUAUAAGGUACAUUUUUUUUUAGCAUAUUUGCACAUUCCACAGUGGAAUUGACAGUCCAGGCUACUGUAUCACAGUGAACCAAUACGUUUAAUGUUGCUUGCAGAGAGAGUUCUUAUAUAUAGCAGGUUUUAGAGUCUCGCUCUAUCUUGUCGCAUAAAUAUAUUAUGAAUAUCGAUGGAUGUUGUACCUCAUAUUAAUAUUUACAUGUGAUGUUUUAUGGACGUUACACAUCUUGUUUUAAAUUAUUUUAUGCCAAACCGCAGUUUAAUCUGUAUGUGGGGGUUUGACAUAUGACAGUAUGAUUUUAGGAAUUCCAGUUGUUUCUUUCAAAUUAAAUGUAUUAAAGUAUGUUUGUAAUUAUAUGUUGAGUUAU